AUGGCGCCUCUCAAUGUCUGCAUGGUGGGGACAGGGGAGUACACGACCGGCUUCGUCGGCGGAGGAGCAUCUGGCAGCGACAAGAAGGUAGGAGUAGUUGGCCUCACCCUCUUCGACCUCAGACGACGGGGCAAAGUAGGCAACCUGUCCAUGGUCGGCACCAGCGGCAACAAAUUCCCAGCCAUCCGGGAGCACUUGCAAAAAAACAUCACAGAAGCCUACAACGGCCUCGACACCGCCUUCGAGUCCUACCCCGGCCACGAGCAGCGCGACCCAGAAGCCUACAAGAAAGCCAUCGACGCUCUCAGCCCCGGCGAUGCCAUCACCAUCUUCACCCCGGACCCCACUCACUACCCCAUCGCUCUCUACGCCAUCCAGCGCAAGAUCCACGUCAUGAUCACCAAGCCCGCCGUCAAGCUGCUCUCCGAGCAUCAACACCUCAUCGCCGAAGCCCGCAAGUACAACGUCUUCGUCUACGUCGAGCACCACAAGCGCUUCGACCCCGCCUACGCCGACGCCCGGAACCGUGCCAUCAAUGGCGCUCUGGGCCACUUCAACUACUUCUACAGCUACAUGUCGCAGCCCAAGUCCCAGCUCGAGACGUUCAAGGCCUGGGCCGGCAAGGACAGCGAUAUCUCGUACUACCUCAACAGCCACCACAUUGAUAUCUGUGAGUCCAUGGUGCCGGAGUUCCGACCAACGAAGGUUAUGGCGAGUGCGUCGACAGGCGUAGCGACGGAUUUGGGGUGUGUGGACGGAACGGAGGAUACGAUCUCGCUGCUGGUGGACUGGGUGAAGAAGGAUGGGAGUGGGAGGAGAGCGACGGGGGUUUACACAGCGAGUUGGACGGCGCCACAGAAAGCGGGUGUGCACUCGAAUCAAUACUUCCAUUGGAUGGGGAGCAAGGGUGAGGUCAGAAUAAAUCAAGCGAAGAGAGGGUACGAUGUCGCCGGGGAUGAGGGAGGGUUGACUUGGUACAAUCCUUUCUACAUGAAGUACGCCCCAGACGAGGAAGGCAACUUUGCUGGCCAAGGAGGGUAUGGCUAUGUCAGCUUCGAGAAGUUCGUCGAUGCCUGCCAAGCAUUGAGAGAUGGCCGUGUAUCGUUGGACGACCUCGACAAGAGAGGCCUGCCGACGCUCGUAAACACCAUCGCCACUGGAGCCAUUCUGGAAGCCGGACGGAUCAGCCUCGACGAGAAGCGGCCGGUCGAGGUCGUGGAGAAGGAUGGCCAGUGGAGCCUGAAGUAG